UAUAACCGAAAAUAAAUCAUCAAUUCCCUGACGAGCAUCACUAUAAAACCUCACCCCAAUCGUAGUUAUAAUCAGUACAUAUUUAAGCUAGCAACAGUAAGAACAGCGAACCGAAGAAUCAACCGAUCGUGAAAAUGAAGGUCAUCAUCGCCCUGUUUGUCGCAAUUGCAGCUGUCUCUGCUGAACCCUGGAAUGGGUGGAAUAAUGGUUGGAACAAUGGACUUAACGUUUGGGGUGAUGGUCUAAGCGGCUGGAACCACGGUCUCAACGGUUGGAAUGGAUGGAACAGCUGGAACGACUGGAGCGCAUACCCCACCUACGCCAAAUCGUGGACCGGUGCUGGGUGGCCAGUCUCAACGGGAUUGUAUGGACGUAAAACCUCUGUUCAAGCUAAUGUCGCCAGGCUCAAUCCGUGGGGAUUACCGUGGGGAACUUACGGAGCCGGAUCGUACGGCUGAUAGAACAACGGACGUUGGGCAGCAGCCCUGGUAAUUGCCACCGCACGGCUAAUUACUGCUAA